AUGUUAAUUACAUAUCGAGAUUGUCGCUCUUGCUACACUUGGUCUAUUCAUCAACUUGAUGUCAAGAAUGUGUUCUUACACGGCUCCGAUAGCGUGGUGGAUGAUAUUAUGCUUAUUGCAUCGUUUGACUCAUUACGCAAACAUAUUAUUUUCUUACUUGCUAAUGAGUUUGCGAUGAAGGAUUUAGGUAUGCUGCAUUACUUCUUGGGGAUUAUUAUUGAUCGUGCUGGUAUGUCUUCUUGUAAACCUUCUCACACUCCCUUUGAUACUGCUUGCAAACUAGGUACUUUGGAUAGUCCUCCUGUGGCUGAUAUUACUUUAUAUCGCAGUCUUGCUGGUGCUCUGCAAUAUCUUACUUUUACUCGUCCUGAUAUAUCGUAUGCAGUUCAGCAAGUUUGUCUUCAUAUACAUGAUCCUCGAGAGAGUCAUUUUCUUGCAUUAAAGAGCAUUAUUAGGUAUCUUAAGGGUACUUUAUCAUUGGGUCUUCAUCUUCUUUCUUCUCCUGGAUCUACUUUAGUAUGCUAUACUGAUGACGAUUGGGUGGGUUGCGCGGAUAGCCGGCAUUCUACGUUAGGAUAUUGUGCUUUCUUGGGUGAUAAUUUGAUUUCAUUGUUGGCUAAACGACAAUCUACUUUGUCUCCGUCUAAUACUGAGGCUAAAUAUCAUGCUGUAGCCAAUGCUGUGGCUGAAACGUGUUGGCUACGCAACUUAUUACUUGAGCUUCAUUAUCCUAUUCCUAAAGCUACAUUAGUCUAUUGUGAUAAUAUUAGUGCCAUUUAUCUUUCUGGAAAUCCCGUGCAACAUCAAUUAACCAAACAUAUUGAGAUUGACAUAUAUUUUGUUCGUGAGAAAGUGGCUAAGGGUGAAAUGCGUGUUGUUCAUGUUCCAUUCCGGUUUAAGUUUGCUGAUAUUUUUACCAAAGGCCUUCCUCAUGUUUUGCUUGAUGAGUUUCGAUACAAUCUCAGUGUUCGAUCUUCUCUCGCUUCGAUUGAGGGGGUGUAUUAG